AUGGGGAUCUCACGUGACUCCCGGCACAAGCACUACAAGACCGGAGGCCGCAGCAAUGUCUCCAUCAAGAAGCGCAAGUAUGAGAUGGGUCGGCCGGCGACGCCCUGCAAGCUGGGCAACAAGCGCGUGCGCGUGGUGCGCUGCCGCGGUGGCAACAAGAAGUACCGCGCCCUGAGGCUAGACACAGGAAACUAUGCGUGGGGCUCCGAGAAUGUGACGAAGAAGGUUAGGAUCUUGGAUGUGGUCUACAACGCGACCAGCAACGAGUUGGUGCGAACGAAGACUCUUCUGAAAAACACAGUCGUACAGAUCGAUGCCCACCCGUUCAUGCAGUGGUACCAGAAGAAGUAUGGCAUGGACCUCGGCAAGAAGAAGAAGGGUGGUGAGAAGAAGGAGGAGAAGAAGGAGGAGGCAGAGGAGCACAAAAGCCGACACGUUAUUGCCAAGCAGAAGGCUCGUGCUGCCAACCAGAAGCUUGACCUCAACCUGGAGGAGCAGUUCCAGAGUGGACGCCUUUUGGCGUGCAUCGCCUCCCGUCCAGGCCAGUGCGGCCGCGCGGACGGUUAUGUGCUCGAGGGCGAGGAGCUGAGCUUCUACAGAGCAUGCGACGGCCACAAGUGCCUCCAGAGCAUGGCUUCACCAACAAGCCCGAGCUACCGCUCUGAAUUUCGAGCGCUGAGGCAGGCGCUGCUCCAGCUGCGAGAGGAGCAGGGGGCACUGCUGGAGUGCCUCUUCGACCAGCGCCUGCUGCGUCCUGAUACCUUCGCGGCCUCCUUGCAUAGGCGCCGCUUUGAAGCUGCGCUGCUGCGGGCUCCCUGCAAAUUCGAGGCAACACUGCGAGACGUGCUGGAGGAGCCAACUCACCUGGCCGUGCAGACAGCCCGCUUCGCCGGCCACAAGGGGCUCCAAUCCCUGAAGGCAACCUGCCGGUCCCUGGCAGAAAAGCUUGCUGGCAAUGCUCUCGCCAUGCAGGAUGCCCUGACCUGGCUCUUCGUGGUCGGCGGGAGCGACCAUAUGGAGGUGCGUCGAUCGGGGGAGCGGCUAGAUCCAUCCACAGGGCUGUGGGAGGCGCUUCCGGCCAUGCAGCAGCGACGCUUCGCUGCCUCCUCGGCCGUCCUCGGAGGUUGUCUGUAUGUCUGCGGCGGUUCGGAGCAGCACGGGGCAUUGAACACUGCCGAGCGCUUCGACCCAUGCACAGGGCUCUGGGAACAGCUUCCCGCCAUGACGUGGCCCCGAAUCCAUGCAGCCGCGCUGGCAGCACAGGGGCGGCUCUACCUUUGCGGAGGCCAUGGACCGAGCUCGCAAAGCGGUCAAUUUGAGUCCCUGAGUGCAGUUGAACGAUUCGAUCCGGAUCGAGAGGUUUGGGAGGCAUUGCCAGAACUGCCUCAAAGACGCAUGGCCGGAACUGCGGCCUGGCUUCGGGGUGCCGUGCAUGUCGUGGGUGGCUCAGACGGCCAGGAGGCUCUCAGUGCCAUGGAAAGGCUGGUCGAAAGCGAAAACGGAUUCGGACUGUGCUGGCAGGCUCUGCCGCCCAUGUCGCAGCCAAGAUUUUGGGCUACAUCUGCAGUGCUCAACGACUCGCUGCUGGUCUGCUCGGGCAAUGAUGGGCAGCAGGCGUUGCUGUCCACAGAGAGGUUUGAUCCCGUGGCAUGUGUCUGGGAGUGUCUACAGCCGAUGCUGAGGCGUCGGACCGGGGCAGCCUCCGCCGUCUUGGCGGGGCAGCUCUUCCUCGUCGGAGGUCAUGAUGAGCAUGGGGUACACCAGACGGCAGAGUUUUACGAUUCCGAGCUUGGCAAGUGGCAGGAAGCCGCCCCAAUGCUGCAGCGCCGCUCCGGCGCCACUGCAACUGUGCUGGCCCGAUGUCUGCUGGUGUGUGGAGGAAACGAUGGAAGCCAGGUGUUGAACACUGUAGAAGUCCUCGAUCCCGUGGAGCACAUAUGGCGAGCCAUGCAACCAAUGGCCCGCAGCCGCGCAGGGGCUUUCGCCACGGCUUUGAUGAUCUAG